AUGACGGUUGAAUCUCAAGUGUUUCUAAAACCUCCUUCUUCCAUUGACGAGAAUAGCUUGAACGAUUCCCUGCAGUUAAUCGAAGAAAUGACGAUAAACACUGACUCAUUUCAAGAGAAUGUUCUCGCCGAUAUUCUCUCACAAAACGCUGAUACCGAGUACUUGAAACAGUUUGAACUUAACGGUGCUACUGACCGUGAAACUUUCAAAUCUAAAGUCCCUGUUAUCACAUAUGAAGAUCUGUUGCCGUAUAUUCAACGCAUUGCUAACGGUGACACUUCUCCUAUCUUGUCCGCUCAUCCAAUCUCUGAGUUUCUCACAAGCUCAGGAACUUCUGCUGGUGAGAGAAAAUUGAUGCCUACAAUUCAUCAAGAAAUGGACCGUCGUCAGUUGCUUUACAGUCUACUCAUGCCAGUGAUGAAUAAAUAUGUGCCAGAUUUGGACAAAGGAAAAGCACUUCAUUUCCUUUUCAUUAAAGCAGAAACAAAAACUCCAAGUGGGUUAGUAGCACGUCCAGUUUUAACCGCUUACUACAAAAGUGAACAGUUCAAGAAAAGACCAUUUGACCCUUACAAUGUCCUAACAAGCCCAAACGAAGCCAUCUUAUGUCCCGAUUCAUUCCAAUCCAUGUACACACAGAUGCUCUGUGGGCUCAUCAUGCGCCAUGAAGUCCUCCGAGUCGGAGCGGUUUUCGCUUCCGGGCUUCUCCGAGCCAUUAGGUUUCUUCAGCUGAACUGGGCUCAAUUAGCCCAUGACAUCUCCACUGGUACACUAAACCCAAAAAUCACAGACCCUUCCAUCAAAGAAUGCAUGUCGAAAAUACUGAAACCGAACCCCAAACUUGCCGAUUUCAUAACAAAAGAAUGUUCCGGAGAGAAUUGGGAACGUAUAAUCCCUCGUAUUUGGCCUAACACAAAGUACCUUGAAGUUAUAGUCACAGGUGCUAUGGCUCAGUACAUUCCAACUCUUGAUUAUUACAGUGGUAACCUUCCAAAACCAUGUACAAUGUACGCUUCAUCCGAAUGUUAUUUUGGUCUUAACCUUAAACCUAUGUCGGAACCCAAUGAAGUUUCGUACACUAUCAUGCCUAACAUGGGUUACUUUGAGUUUCUACCGCAUGAUGACUCAUCCCCUAUAACUCUCUCACGUGACUCACCACCAAGACUCGUGGAUCUCGCUGACGUGGAACUCGGUAAAUUCUACGAACUUAUCAUAACAACUUAUUCUGGUCUUUGUCGUUACAGAGUUGGUGAUAUCCUUCAAGUCACCGGAUUCUAUAACACUGAUCCACAGUUCAAAUUCGUGAGGAGAAAGAACGUGUUGUUGAGCAUUGAAGCAGACAAAACCGAUGAAUCAGAGCUUCAAAAAGCCAUUGAAAACGCUUCUGAGUUGUUGAAAGAGUUCAACACAAGCGUUGUUGAGUACACGAGUUUCGCCGAUGCAAAAUCCAUUCCUGGACAUUAUGUUAUUUACUGGGAGCUAUUGAUGAAAGAUUCAUCAAAUCCUCCUACUGAUGAAGUUUUGAAUCAGUGUUGUUUGGUUAUGGAAGAGUCUUUGAACACUGUUUAUAGACAAGGACGAGUCGCUGAUAAUUCUAUUGGACCAUUAGAGAUACGUGUGGUGAAGAAUGGGACAUUUGAUGAAUUGAUGGAUUAUGCUAUAUCUCGUGGUGCUUCCAUUAAUCAGUAUAAAGUUCCAAGGUGCGUGAGCUUCACGCCCAUAAUGGAACUUCUUGAUUCUAGGGUUGUUUCCUUUCAUUUUAGUCCUUCUGCACCUCAUUGGACUCCAGAACGACGUCGUUGA